AAAAAAAAAAAGAUGAAACGUGUGAUCUUCUUCUCCCUAGUAACAGCCGCUCUACUAGUCGCCAUCACCGGCGCCGAGUCAGGCGACGUCAGUUUCGAUGAUAACCCGAUCAGGCAAGUCGUCCCGGAAGAAAACGAUGAGCAACACCUACUCAACGCGGAGCACCACUUCUCUCUCUUCAAAUCCAAGUACGAGAAGACUUACGCGACGCAGGCCGAGCACGACCAUCGGUUCCGUGUAUUCAAGGCUAACCUACGUAGAGCUAGACGUCACCAGCUUCUUGAUCCGUCGGCCGUACACGGCGUGACGCAAUUCUCGGAUCUUACUCCGAAGGAGUUUAGGCGGAAGUAUUUAGGGCUGAAACGGAGGUUGCGUCUUCCGAGAGAUGCUCAGAAGGCGCCGAUUCUUCCGACUGGUGAUUUACCGACGGAUUUUGAUUGGCGUGAAUAUGGAGCUGUAACUUCUGUUAAAAACCAGGGCUCGUGCGGAUCAUGCUGGGCGUUUAGCACAACAGGAGCUCUUGAAGGAGCGCAUUUUCUGGCGACUAAAGAGCUUGUUAGCCUCAGUGAGCAGCAGCUCGUUGAUUGCGACCAUGAGUGUGAUCCAGAAGAAGCCAACUCAUGUGACUCUGGUUGCAGUGGAGGACUAAUGAACAACGCUUUUGAGUACACUCUCAAAGCUGGUGGUCUUAUGAAAGAAGCAGCCUAUCCUUAUACAGGACAUGACAAUUCCGGCUGCAAGUUCGAGAAGACCAAGAUAGCUGCCAGAGUGUCUAAUUUCAGCGUUGUCUCUGCGGAUGAAGACCAAAUCGCUGCAAACCUAGUCCAUCAUGGUCCUCUUGCUAUUGCUAUCAAUGCAAUGUGGAUGCAAACGUACAUAGGAGGAGUCUCGUGCCCGUAUGUAUGUUCAAAGAGCCAAGACCAUGGAGUGCUCUUGGUUGGGUUUGGUUCAGCGGGUUAUGCACCAAUCCGUCUCAAGGAGAAGCCUUACUGGAUUAUAAAGAACUCAUGGGGAGAAAUGUGGGGAGAGCAUGGUUACUACAAAAUCUGCAGGGGACGUCAUAACAUCUGUGGUAUGGACACAAUGGUAUCUACUGUUGCAGCUGUUCAUACCUCAACUCAGUAAAAGUUAUUAUUAGGAUACUACUGGGUUUUAUCUGUUGCUUGUAGAUAUACAUAUGAAUAACCUCUAUGGACUGUUGUUAGUAUUGUUGUGUCUCCUUGUUUCAGCUUUUAUGUAAAAUAGCCUUUGUGUUAUGAUCUUUGUAGCAUCGAAUGCUGAAGAACA